AUGCUCUUUUCCAACUCCCUCCUUGCUUGUGUGUUCUUUACAACAUGCACUGCUUCACCAAAGCCUCCAAAUCAGAUCCGGCUUCCCAAACCUGGUGGAAAAUAUGAAGUAGGCCUCAGCAUCACCGAGCUGACUGACCACAAUCGAACCCAACCGUUUGCACCAAAUGGCACACUUGUACAGCUGAUGAUCUCGGUAUUCUACCCCGUCACUCACAAGCAUCAUGCUAUUACUAGGGCAUACAUGACCCCAGAGACUGCUUUAAUCGAAGACAUCACGCUCAGCUCGCAGGGCUUAGCAGCGCCGAAUGGGACGUUCGGCAAAGUCGUUCUCCAGCUGGCCAGCGAUCAAAACAUCCAGAGCCGAAAGGACAAAAGCUCACGUGCAUUUCCACUGGUUUUUUUCAUGCCUGGCGAGGGCACUACUCGCCUUUUCUACAACCAAAUUGCAUCCACCGUAGCCAGUAAAGGUUACAUAGUCGUGACCAUAGACGCUCCUUACGAUGUGGACGUUGUGCAAUAUAGCGAUGGCUCGUUUGCCUACAUCAACCAAACAUUAUGGGCGAACGACAAUUCUGAUCUUGCCAGUGUAGCCCUCCUUGCCAUUCAGACCCGCAUGGCAGAUGUCAGUUUUGUGCUUGACUCCCUAUCCGGCACGACUCUUGCACACUCACUCGUCCCCAACUUGCCUGAAUCCGGGUUGAACACCACACACACAGCCAUGUUUGGACACUCCCUUGGCGACUGCACAGCGUACUCCAUUCUGGACGUGGAAGACCGUAUCUUGGGAGGGUUGACCAUGGACGGCGACCUCGAUGGCCCGCCUCUACUCAACGGGACUUCCAAACCAUUCAUGUUCAUUGGGAGCACCAACCACACGCGCGAGAAUGCCGACGACGACCCCGGCUCUACGUGGUUGUCUGGAUGGCCGCAAUUGUUGGGGUGGAAGAAAUAUGCCAUGGUUGCAGACACUAUGCAUUACGAUUUCAGCGACUACCCGAUUCUGUUUGAGACACUUGGUAUUACACCGACUAAUGGCACCACCUUUUUGAUGGGCGAUCUAAAGGGAAAGCGGGCAUUGGAGAUCGUGACAACUUAUGUGGGGGCAUUUUUGGACUUUGUGCUUCUGGGGAAGGACUCUCGGCUUUUGGACGGCCCUGUGAAACAGUUUCCAGAAGUCACUUUUGAGAAUUGA